AUGGCUGACGCGCUCAAAGCUGAGGGCAACAAGGCCUUUUCGGCCAAGGACUAUCCGACUGCCAUUGAGAAAUUCACUCAGGCCCUCGAGAUCGAACCCGAGAACCACAUCCUCUACUCGAAUCGUUCCGCUGUGUACAACGCCCAGAGCGAAUACCAAAAGGCCCUUGAGGAUGCCGAGAAGGCUAUCGGCAUCAAGGGCGACUGGUCCAAGGGCCACCUGCGCAAGGGUGCCGCCUACCGCGGACUGGGGGAUCUGCUCGCUGCCUACGACUCUUACGAGGAGGCAUUGAAGCUGGAGCCCGGCAAUGCGCAGGCCAAGUCCGGUCUCGAUGCCGUCCAGCGCGCGAUCCAGGCCGAGGCGACCGCCGACGGUGUCCAGGGUAACCCUCUGGAUGGUCUCGGUGGCAUGUUCAACGACCCGCAGAUGAUCCAGAAGCUGGCCAACAACCCCAAGACCGCCAGCUUGCUUGCCGAUGCCGACUUUAUGGCCAAGCUGCAACGCCUCAAAUCCAAUCCCAAUGCUAUUGGCGAGGAGAUGCGCGAUCCGCGCUUCCUGCAGGUUAUGAGCGUGCUACUGGGCAUUGACAUGAGCUUCGGUGGUGAGGGCGAGCAGUCUGCUCCCGAGUCGAAGCCUGCCCCGGCACCCAAGGAGCCUACUCCCGAGCCUGAGCCCGAGGAUGAGGAGACUAUUGCCAAGAAGAAGGCCCAGGAGGCGGGUGAUGCUGAGAAGAAGAUCGGUAACGACUUUUACAAGAAGAAGGAGCACGACAAGGCCAUCGAGCACUACGAGAAGGCCUGGGAGCUGAACAAGGAUGUUACCUACCUCAACAACAUUGGUGCUGCCAAGUUCGAGAAGGGCGACUACCAGGGCACCAUUGAGAUCUGCCAGAAGGCCGUUGAGGAGGGUCGUGAUCUGCGUGCUGAUUUCAAGACCUUUGCCAAGUCCUUCACCCGUAUCGGAUCCGCCUACGAGAAGCUCGGUGACCUGAACCAGGCCAUCGAGUACUACCACAAGUCCCUGACCGAGCACCGUACCCCCGAAGCCCUGACCAAGCUGCGCACCGCCGAAAAGUCCCGCGACAAGAGCGAAAAGGAAUCCUACAUGGACCCGGCCAAGGCCGAGGAGGCCCGCGAGCUCGGCCAGAAGAAGUUCCAGGAGGCCGACUGGCCCGCGGCCGUCGACGCCUUCACCGAGAUGACCAAGCGCGCCCCCGCUGACCCGCGCGGCUACUCCAACCGCGCCGCGGCCCUGGUCAAGCUCAUGGCGUUCCCGCAGGCCGUGCAGGACUGCGACGAGGCCAUUGCCCGCGACCCCAAGUUCAUCCGUGCGUAUAUGCGCAAGGGUCAGGCGCUCGUUGCGAUGAAGGAGUACAACCGUGCUCUGGAUACCUUUACCGAGGCGGCGGAGCAUGAUGAUGGUACCCACACCCGAGAGAUUGAGCAGCAGCAGCAGAAGUGUCUGGAUGCGCAGUUUAGUGCCCGGGCUGGUGAGACGGAGGAGCAGACUUCUCAGCGGAUUCAGAAUGAUCCCGAGAUCAUGUCCAUCCUCCAGGACCCCGUGAUGAACAGCAUCCUCCAGCAGGCCAAGAGCGACCCCGCGGCGCUGCAGGAGCACAUGAAGAACCCGCAGGUGCGCAUCAAGGUGCAGAAGCUGAUGGCGGCGGGUGUGAUUCGCCUGGGCCGGUAA